AUGCUCGGCCACAACCCCAACACCGUCUACGAGGUGAACAACUACUACAACGAGAAGGUCCAGCUGCGCAAAAAUCGCGUCAGCAAGGUCGUCUACCGGGUCGUCAAAGUUGUUCAGGACGUGCUCAAGGAGGUCGAGGCCCAGGAGCCUCGAUUCAUUUCGACUACUAUUGAGAAUGCUGGACGUUUUGAAGGAGUCCGUUUUUUCUAUAUAUUAUAUUUUCCGCUGCACAUAGUUCUAACUCCACUAGAAACUUCAUAGUAUAAUCAUGAACGCCAACUUUUGAAAGUCUGGAACAGAGGAAUUUUUCAGUUUGUCGUUCAUUCCCCACACGAGUUCGAGAUCAUCAUGUACUUGAAUCAAAUGGGAGUUUUCAACUUUGUCGAUGACGGUUCAAUCCAGGUGAGACCAAAAGGAUUUUUUUAAUGUUUGGAAGCCAACUUUGACGCUCUGAGCUAUUAAAACUAUUGAUUAGAAAAAUUUUCUAAACCUCGAUUUUUUAACUUUGUAAAUUUUUAAUAUUUCCAGGGCUGCGCCGUACUCAAACUCAGUGAUGGUCGGAAAAGGUCAAUGUCCCUUUGGGUUGAGUUCAUCACCGCCAGUGGCUAUUUAUCGGCGAGGAAAAUUCGAAAUCGUUUUCAAUCUAUUGUCGCUCAAGUCGUCGAAAAAGCCCCGUUUCGGUAGGCUUUUUCAACUUAUUUUUCUGUUUCAUAACGAGAAAAAAGUACUCCCAAACAUCUUCUCAAGGCUUAGAACUUCUGAAUCUUCCGGUUGAAAUAAUUAAGGGCAAUCUGAAACCUCCAAUGAGCGUCUCAUACUGGAAUAGUUAGUUUAACGACUGUGUAUACUUAUUUUGAAGCUUAAGAACGCCUAGUAAACUUCUAAACUUCUUCUUUUCCUCAUCAAGAGGAUCCGGUUAAGUUCCAUUCUCACAAUAAGAGUCACCACCAAAAAGAAGAACUUCUAAAUCACAUCGAAAUCCCUUCAGUGACUACUGCACGAUGAUCAAUGACAACAGUGACGUCCGACUACGUGUAGAUGACAAAUAUACGGUUCAAAUCACGACAGCUUUCCGUUGCAACGGGAUCUGGCCUCGUUCUGCAAGCCACUGGCCUCUUGCCGGCCCACCCUGGCCUCCGGCUGAACUUGCUGGUCAGGUCAAAACAGAAGGAUUCGACCUGACGAGCAGGGAAACGGCCAUCACUCAGCCCAACAGCAACAAGCAAGCCAAUACCAUGGAAGCCGACGCCUGGGCGAUGAACUUGGCCAGCGCCGAGAACGUCCUUCUCAGUGAGUUUCUUCACUUACGACUAGCUUUUUUCAUCCAUUGAAAGCUAGAAAUUCUUCAAUAUGGCCCUAAAGAAUCGAUUAAAAAAUUCUCAAAGCUUUAUGAGCGUUUUCUUGGUCUCUCCGGCAUAAGAUGUGAUUCUAAACUUGCUAUCAACCAUUUUUUUUUUCAGUCGGGGGUCGUCGGAAAACGCUGAGCAUACUCAAAUGCCUACGGGACACCCAUCUCGAUUUCGCCGGGACUCCUGUCACAAAUUAUAUUCUGAAGACUUUGGUACUGUAUGAGUGCGAGAAACACUGUGCCGAUUAUGAGUGGGACGAUAACGCUAUCGGGGAUCGAAUGAUUGGUUAGUUAAUGUAUAUUAGUUGCAUUUUCUGUUAAUAUUUAUUGGUUUUCGCUAAAUAUUAUGACUUUUUCCGAUUUUUUGUUCUUGUAGCCUUUGAAAUUAUAUUUCAUGAAAUACUGCUCUCGAUUAUUUUUUUUCAACAUUCGAAAUUUUUUUCAACUUUUUUCUAUAAAGAAACAUUCUGAAUAAAAGUUUCAAAAGUUUCAAAACUCAACUCAGGUCUUGGUAACGCAAAUCGGACACACCCCGGCCUUUUCUGAGCAUUCUAGGGGACACUUCAGCGGCAUCAGAACCCUCAAGUGAUCCCUAGAACUUAUCAAAAAUGUCCGGUUUGCUUUACCGAGGUCCACGAACGUCCCAUCUCUUCCAUUAUUUUUUAAUUUUUUUAAAAUUUUUUGGGUUAAUUAUUGCGUCAAUCUUUAUUGAUUUUUGCUGAAUAUUACGACUUUCUCGGAUUUUUAUUUCUUUUUGUAACAUUUAAAUUUAGUUUAAAGAAACACUGUCAUUGAUAAUUUUUUCUGGACCUUCACAAUUUUUUUGAAACCUUUUUGGAAAAAAUUCUCUAAAACUGAAUAAAAGUUCGAAAGCACUUUCGUAAUUAUCGAAAUCCGAACCCUCAAGUGAUCUCUAGGAAUCACAGAAAAGCUAAAAACGUUCGGUUUGUGUUACAGAGGCCCGAGUCCAAGGACACUUUUCUAAUAUCCUCCUUUAAUUUUUUUAUUAAUUUUUUUCUUGCAGUUAAUUUUUUUGUUGACUUUGAAUAUUAUGCCUCUCUCGGAGCUUUUUGUCUGUUUUAAGCAUUUUUGUCUUUCAAAGGAAAAAGAACCAUUCAUCGAUUCUUUCUACUACUUUUGAACCCCUUCCCCAAUCUUUCACCUUAAAAAAUGUUUGUUGAUUUUAUUUUUUGGGUUGAUCUUCGUUGAUUUUCGCUUCAUAUUAUGCCUCUCUCGGAGCUUUUUGUCUGUUUCAAAGCUUUUUUUGUCUCCUCAAAAAAUCAACCAAUCAAUGAUUAUUUCUCCCAGCUUUUCCUUCAACUCCCUCUCGAUGCCCACCUUUCGCACCUCCAAUCAAUACACCUUUCGAUCCACUCAUCACUAGGCUUCCCUUUCGUCAAACGAGAGACAUUCCAUGAGCAAAAAUGAUGAGAAGCUGUCAACCGGUGGGGUGGCGUGUGUCGGAAUUUAUUGCUUGCGACAAGCCGCGGCUUCUUGUUGCAUUCUAAAUCACAUUGACCGGAAGGCUCUAUGUUUGGCCGAAAUUUUGAGCAAUUCCUUUUUCAUUCGUUCAUUUAUUUCAAGCUUUCACUUCAAAAAGGAGAUCUAUUGAAAUUUUCAUCUUUUUCUGCAAUCAGGACGUUCUAGAGUACCUUUCAGCAAAGUUUCAUCAAAAUUUCAACCGGGGGUGAAAAAAAGAUUUCUAGUGAAGGAUGCUCGAAAAAAAUUAUUUUUUUCAUCUGAAAUUUUUUUCACUUUUGAGUGUAGAAGCAAUAUUUUUGAGAAAUUUUUCUUUUUAUAAUCGAAUUUUGAAAAAUCCAAAUGAUGAAAGAUUGUGUGUUCUUUCAUGAGGCUUACUAAAAUUUAGCGACUUUUGGGGCAAGAAAGUCUCCUUUCAAGACUUCCAAAUCGAGGCCAAAUGAAAAAAAAAAUCGAAUAAGUUGGAAAAGGGUGCGAGAAACGAUUCGAAAUGCCCAAUGGCCCCAGGUGACGCUAACACGAUUAGACAGUAUCUUUGCGAGUGUCCGAAAAAACCUUUCAUUUUCCUUUUUUCUGUUGGGGGAAACGACGAAAAAUGAGGGUUUUCGUCAAGGCGAUGGGCAAAUUAAUUAAUCAAUUAUUUAUGGAAAACGGCGUCAAACUAGAGAACAUUUUCCUUUUUUCUUGAGCUUCUAAGCAAGCUAUUGUAUUAUAGAUCCUCAAAAAACGACUAGAAAAAUGGAAAUAACUGAAAAAAAUUGUAUUUCCUUACUACGAACGCUAAAUCUUGUUCUUUUCUUCUAAUUUUUGUCUUAAGUUUCCUUUUUCUUCAAUUUUUCAACUUUCGCCGGUGUCAUAGUGAUGAAAUUCUCAAUUGAAGCCAACUUUUUUUUCCCUGAAAAGCUCAAAAUCCUUCAAAACUUCCUCUGAAGCUUCCAAAACCCUUAGAAAAUCUUGCAAAAUGAUCUGGAGCUUGAAAAAAAAUUCUCUUGCCCGAUUUUUCACUUUUUUUUCGUAGUGAUAUGCUUCAAAAAAGUUGUUCUAUUAAUCCUUUCUGACCGGAAAAAAAGAUUAAAGUGUAUCCGUCUAAAAAGGACCUUUAAAAUCCCAUUGUCAAGCUUCUCCUCUUCAUCCUAAUCAAACUUUCAAGCCUAAAAUCUCUCCAAAACCCAAAAAAAUUCCAGGGGUCCUGUUCAUGUUUAAUAUUAGAAACCUCCUUUUCAAGCCUAAAAUCUCUCAAAAAACCCGAAAAAUCCCAGAAAGCUGUCCCAAGUUUAAUGUUAAAACCUCCUUUUCAAGCUUAAAAUUUCUCCAAAACCCGAAAAAAUCCAGGGAUCCUGUUCAAGUUUAACAAGAAAACCUCCUUUUCAAGCCUCAAAUCUCUCCAAAAUCCAAAAAAGCCAGAGAUCCUGUUCAAGUUUAAUAUUGAAAGCCCCCUUUCAAGCCUAAAAUCUCUCCAAAACCCGAAAAAUUCCAGGAAUCCUGACAAGUUUAAUAUUGAAACCUCCAUUUCAAGCCUGAAAACUCUCCAAAACCCAAAAAAUUCCAGGAAUCCUUCUCCAACUGGUCAGUUGUCUACAAUGCCGCCGCUGUGCCCACUAUUUCCUGCCAUCUCUCGACCUUCUCCGGUCCAAGCCGCCUCAUGCCAUCGAACACUCGGCCCAACUUACUUGGGCGCUCGUCCGGAAGCUUAUGCUCGACCCAUUGGCUCUUCAGUCUUUGUGA